CUCGGUUUAAGUUGCAUCACAGUUAAGAGGUUUACAGUCCUGCUGAGGAGAGGAGCGCCUUCAGCAGUUAACGUGGCCAAAAAGAUUUCUAGAGAUGAUAAAGAGUUCCUGAUCUCCAGUGAUCCGAACACCCAGACAGCCAGGAGAUUGUAGGAACAUCCAGAAGUACAAAACAAGAACCAAACCUGGAAAAUUUGUUUGAUUGCUUUGCUCUAAACUAAUGGUCAUUGAGCUAUAGAUCUUGUGAUGGUCUGGAUAUUUAACCAAAAGAGUGUUCCAUCUCUUGGUUUGGUAAAGGUGAGCAAAUUAUGAAUUAGCCAAUGCUAAAACCAGGAGCAAACGUUUCCUAGCUCCAGCUACAUCAUUACGACAGCCAUUGGAAUUCUGGGAAACAGAAUGCCAGCCAAGACACCUAUGUAUUUAAAGACCCCCACACCAAGGCAUGGCAAAAAGCUAAAACUGAGGGAUGUUCUCUCUAGUGAUAUGAUCAGCCCUCCUCUGGGGGACUUGCGCCACAGUGCCCAUGUUGGACCAGAGGGGGAGGGUGACAUGUUCGGAGAUGUUGGUUUCCUACAAGGCAAAUUGGACAUGUUACCUGCCUUAGCACACCCAUCACACAGCAUGAACAGACAUGUUGAUGACAUGUUUGAGGUAAGAGGACUACAGCACGGGUAUGAUCCCCAUCAUAACUCAGAUCACAGCUCCAUUCUUAAAAGCACUAUCUCAAUGCCUGCCUUCAUUGCCCCUGAGCAGCCACCUCCUAAACCUCCUCGUCUACACUUAGAGGAAAGUUCCAAGCAGCAAAAGAACCACCACAAUCAGCAGCAACACUCCAUGUCUGUGUGUGCAGAAGGGGUUGGACACUACAUGGAGCCCUGCCAUGACUUCACCCUAUCUGCAUCCAUCCCCAUCUUGAGACACCUAGUGCCCUCUGCUGGCUCUUUCUCUGAGGCCUCUUCAGAUGACUCCAUGUCCGAGGGCUAUGUUCCACCGGACCCUAAGCGAGGACUGAGCCUGGACUCUGAUGCUGGCCUGAGCAAUGAGGACCUUCGAAGUGAACAUAGCGAGUCUCCCGCAUUCUCUCCCACCAUGUCACGCUCAGAGUCUCUCACUGGCCUCGACCUGGAUCUGGGACCAUCCAUUCUGGAGGAUGUUCUCAGGAUAAUGGACCGUUACAAGUGUGUGAAAGACAGGUGUGAGCUGUGAGCUGGUUAAAAGUCUUUAAACAUAAUAAUGUGCAUGUCCUUGUUUGGCCUUGUACUUCUCAUGGUCAGGGGAUAGUUUACUCACUGGACACAGGAGUAACCGAUUGUAACAGAAUGACUACAAUAACUGAUAACUCCAUCUCUUACUGUGUAAAUGUUUGUCUGAAAUGGAGAUGCAGACAACUGGUUUUGUAUACUGUUUAUAUUGUACAUUUACAUUAUUACAUUGAAAAUCUACUCAAUGUAAAUGGACUGUGACAUUUUUGUAAUUUAUAAGUACUUAAACAUGGAACAAAUCCAGUGCAAAAUUCAAAGAGUGGUUACAUUUGCACAUUAGUAAAUUCAUGACCGAUGUGAAAUACUGACUUGUUUGUUACUUGUAACUAGGGGUGGGCGAUAUGACAAAAAUAUCAUAUCACAAUACUUGAGGACUUUUCAACGAUAUACAAGAAGAUUUUUUUUACUUACGUCAAAUCAGCGGCAUCCAUUCAAUACCAUUUAAUAUGUAAUUAUUAAAAACAUAAAAAAAAUACAUCACCAUACCAGCGAUAUCUCAUACAUGUAUCAUAUAAUCAUUCAUCAUGAUAUGAAUAUUAUAUCGAUAUAUCGCCCAGCCCUACUUGUAAGCAAUAUCUGUGAUUGAAACCAGUUCAUCUUGAUGUCCAUAUUCAUAGGUUUCAAUUUUUUUCUUCUUUGGGUAUUCUAUCACAAACACAGUUCACUAUUAAUAUGUAUCAUCAUAUGAGACAUGGGUUUAACAUGGCCAUGUAAAUAAAAUAUUAUUGAAACCA